UGUGUGUAUAUAUAUAUAUAUAUACAUAUAUAUAAAGAUUGGGUAGAGCCUAUUCCUCACAUAUUAACAACUAAGUGCGCCAUGGAAGCUACCCAAUUACAAACACCCCACAUAGCUAUUUUACCCUCACCAGGGAUGAGUCACCUCAUCCCACUCACUGCGUUCGCCAAACGACUCGUUCUCCACCAUAACUUUUCCGUCACCUUCAUCUUCUUCCCCACCGAUGGUUCACCAAUGGAACCCCUAAAAGCCAUUCUUGAAACCCUACCCAAGUCCAUACACACCAUCUUCCUUCCACCGGUUAGCUUCGACGACCUCCCUGAGGACCUAAAUGUCGAAACUCGUAUAGCCGUCAGCGUGACUCGAUCACUCCCGGUUCUCCGCGAAACGUUGAAGGCCUUAACCGAGUCAACUCAUCUAUCUGCUCUGGUGGUUGAUAUAUUUGGCAUUGCCACCUUUGAUGUGGCCAAAGAAUUCAAUGUCCCACCCUACAUUUUCUUCCCUAUGUCAGCAAUGGCAUUAUUGUUCAUCUUCAAUUUACCCAAGCUUGAUGAGACUUUUGAUUGCGAGUACAGAGAUCUACCCGAACCGGUGAAAUUACCCGGGUGCGUUCCGGUUCACGGGGUUGACUUGCCUGACCUGGUUCAAGAUAGAAAGAGUGAUGUCUACAAAAAUUGUCUAUUCAGAACCAAACAGUAUAACAAGGCACAUGGAAUAAUGAUUAAUAGCUUCUUGGACUUGGAACCGGGUGCUUUUAAAGCUUUGAAAGAAGAUUAUAGACCGGGUUCACCACCGAUUUACCAUGUUGGACCGCUGGUUCAGACCGGUUCAACAAGUGGGGUCAGUGGUUUAGAGUGCUUGAGUUGGUUAAAUGAACAGCCACUAGGGUCUGUCUUAUAUGUUUCUUUUGGUAGUGGAGGGACACUGUCCCAUGAGCAGCUCAAAGAAUUGGCUCUGGGAUUGGAAAUGAGUGGGCAAAGAUUUUUAUGGGUCAUUAGGAGUCCACAUGAAAAAGUUGCAAAUGCCAAUUACUUUAAUGUCCAAAGUAGUAUGAAUAUGAACCCCUUUGAUUUUUUACCAAAGGGGUUCAUGGACAGGACCAAAGGGUUGGGAUUGGUGGUGGACUCGUGGGCUUCUCAGAUUGAAGUCCUAAGCCACGGGUCCACUGGAGGGUUCGUGACCCAUUGUGGAUGGAACUCAACACUAGAGAGUAUAAUUUAUGGUGUGCCCUUAAUUGCAUGGCCACUCUACGCAGAGCAAAAGAUGAACACGGUAUUACUGACUGAAGAUCUGAAAGUUGCGUUAAAGGUCAAGGUGAACGAAAAUGGCAUUGUGGAAAGGAAAGUGAUUUCGGAAUAUGUCAAGGGGCUUAUUGUAGGAGAAGAAGGGAAGUUGCUUCAAAAUAGGAUGAGAGAUCUAAAGGAUGCAGCUGCAAAGGUUUUGAGUCGAGAUGGAUCGUCUUCGAAGUCACUAGCAGGGUUGACUCAUAUAUGGAGAAACAAAAGCAAAUAAAAAUAAUGCAGCUUGAUUAAUUUAAUUUAAUUUAAUUUAUAAUGUCUCUUUCCUUUAAUUUUCAGUGUCCUAACCCGAAAUUUGUACGUCACUACACGUGACGAGUAUGAUUGAUAAU